AUGUAUAGUCCUGGUUACAUUCACCAACGGGCGAAGCUGCAAGAGUCGCUCGCUCGGCUCGAUGACGAUGGCGGCGCCGCAUGUCCGAAGAUGGUCGUGUUCGAUCUGGACUACACACUCUGGCCCGCGUGGGUUGACACGCACGUCACGCCACCGCUGAAGCGCGCGCCGCCGACGUCGAUCAACCGUGUGGCGGACCGGCACGGUGAGGCGCUCAGCUUCUUCCCGCACGUCCCUGCCAUCCUGCUACACCUCAAGGACAAGGGGAUCAAGAUCGGCGUGGCGAGCCGCACUUCAGCGCCAAGUGCUGCGAGGCAGGCGCUCACCGGCCUUGUGCUGGAGGACACGCGGAAGGGAAAGAAGCCCGGAGAGGAGGUCAAAUCGAUUGCAUUAUUCGACUAUCAAGAAAUCUACCCAGGCUCCAAGCUGACGCACUUGAAGCGUCUGCACGCCGACUCAGGCAUUGCGUAUGAGGACAUGAUCUUCUUUGACGACGAGCACCGGAACAGCGAGGUGGGUAAGCUGGGCGUCCUGUUCGUCCUCGUCGGGCAUCCCGGGCUGGAUCUGGGGACGUUCGAGAAGGGGAUCAGAGAGUGGCGCCAGCUGAGACAAGCAAGAGCGGAGGAGGGACAUGCUGGGACGAAUGGAACGCUACAUGAUCAUAGACAAGACUCAGACGGAGAGUGA